CUUCCGCCCGCCCGCUGUUGCCGUCUCUUCUCCGACUUGCUUGGGCAGCGGCUCAGUGCGGAUACUCAGUCAUGAAGUCCGGGUAGCGACUUCUCCUGGGUGGCCGCGAGCCUGGGGUCCCGGGCCGGACUUCAGAGUGUACAUAUGUGUACCACAUGUGUGCAGGUACCUUCAAAGACCAGAAGAGGGAAGCCGGAAGACGGUUGUGAGCCACCUGACAUGGAUGCUGGGGUCCAAACCUGGGUCCUCUGCAAGAUCAACAGCUGCUUUUAACUGCUGAGCCAUCUCUCCAGCCCCAUAGUAUUCAAUGUGACACAAGAUGCUGCUCUCCAUAGGGAUGCUCAUGCUGUCCGCCACACAGGUCUAUACCAUCUUGACUGUGCAGCUCUUUGCAUUCCUGAACCUGCUGCCAGUAGAAGCAGACAUUUUAGCAUAUAAUUUUGAAAAUGCAUCUCAGACAUUUGAGGACCUUCCAGCAAGAUUUGGUUAUAGACUACCAACUGAAGGCCUAAAGGGGUUUUUGAUUAACUCCAAACCAGAGAAUGCUUGUGAACCCAUAGUGCCUCCUCCAUUCAAAGACAAUUCUUCUGGCACUUUCAUUGUAUUGAUUAGAAGACUUGAUUGUAAUUUUGAUAUAAAGGUUUUAAAUGCACAGAGAGCAGGAUACAAAGCAGCCAUAGUUCACAAUGUAGACUCUGAUGACCUGAUUAGCAUGGGAUCCAACGACAUUGAUACAUUAAAGAAAAUUGACAUUCCGUCUGUCUUUAUUGGUGAAUCAUCAGCUAAUUCCCUGAAAGAUGAAUUCACAUAUGAAAAAGGGGGCCACGUUAUCUUAGUUCCAGAACUGAGUCUCCCUUUGGAAUACUAUCUGAUCCCCUUCCUCAUCAUAGUGGGCAUCUGCCUCAUCCUGAUAGUCAUUUUUAUGAUCACAAAAUUUGUUCAGGACAGACAUAGAAACAGAAGAAACAGACUUCGUAAAGAUCAACUUAAAAAACUCCCUGUACAUAAAUUUAAGAAGGGAGAUGAGUAUGAUGUAUGUGCUAUCUGUUUGGAGGAAUAUGAAGAUGGAGAUAAGCUAAGGAUCCUUCCUUGUUCCCAUGCUUAUCAUUGCAAGUGUGUAGAUCCCUGGCUAACUAAAACCAAAAAGACCUGUCCAGUCUGCAAACAAAAAGUUGUUCCUUCCCAAGGUGAUUCGGACUCUGACACAGACAGCAGUCAGGAAGAAAAUGAGGUGUCAGAGAACACCCCUUUACUUCCACCUUCAGCUUCUGUCAGGACCCAGUCAUUUGGGUCUUUGUCAGAAUCCCACUCACAUCAGAAUAUGACAGAGUCUUCAGACUACGAGGAAGAUGACAAUGAAGAGACCGACAGCAGUGAUGCAGACAAUGAAAUCACUGAACACAGUGUUGUGGUCCAGCUGCAGCCUGAUGGUGAACAGGGUUACAGCACAGCAAACACUGUGUGACUUCCAGGUGGUUGGUUGAUUUCUUUGAAAUGUUUAUUUAGGCAUAUGAGUUAAUUUUUCUGCUCCCUUUAGAAGUUUCUGCAGAAAUAACUUAUUUUUUAGUUUUCUAGUGUAAUCAAGUUCCUGAAACAGUCUACUUGAUCUCUGAUACUUAUCUCCAAUAGUAUACAUCCAUUUCACUAACAGUAACAGACUGGUGCUGUAACUCAGGCAUCAAAGUAGCUCUCCGGGGAUGGUGAAAUGUAGCCAAGACACUUUAAAAAUUCUCAAUAUAGCUUGAAAUGAAGGCUUAGAUCAUAGUAUGCAAAUGUUGUCUUAUACAUGAAGUCUGCUAUGGUCAUCUAGCAUGAGCUAAACAACUCUCACUUCCAUAAAGUUGCCUAGCAUUGUUGGGCUGGCACAUGUCUCUUUUGAUAUUCUUCCUGUGUCAUGAUUAGUGAGUGACAACAGGCAAUUUAGGAUUUUUUUUUUUUCCUUCAUAGCACCACAGAGAAACUAAAAGUUGUCUUUUUCCUUCCUAUUCCCAAGUAGUUAUUCUUCAUAAGAAAGGUCUAGUGUAGAUUUCAAAUUCUUUGUUUUAAGGUUUCAAAAGCACUAUAGUGUUGAGUUUGAUUCCACAGGAACGUCUCUGGACCUUACUUUCCAUAUUUCAGUAUCUUUUUGUGUUGCAACUUUUAAAAAUGCUGCAUAAAAAUACCAAAUUUCAGCAACUGUUAAUACUGAGAUUAUAUACCUCUUCAUAAAAGUAUCUUAUGCUAGUUAGCCCUGCUGAACCAUGUGCAGAGGGAAUUGUUCAAGUAUUGGAUUUGAAAAUAAGUGCUUUUGUUUAAUAGAACUAAUGUAUCGAGGCAAUGUAUUAUGAAAAGCUAAAUUAUAUAACACUGUAACUAUGUAGAAAAUAUACUUAAAUAUAAUCAGAAUGCUAAGACUUUUUAUAUGGCCUUGUAUGAUGAGAGCUUCAAUGUUAAUAAAUGUUUUCCACUUUAAAAGCCACAAAGUGUUUGUUUUGAUGAACUCUUUAUCACAUUAGCCUUAUAUGUAGGGUGCUAAAGGAGGAUGAUGGAGAUGAUAAACCACCCAAGAAUUAGAUAAAAAGGUUACUUACUACUUGUAAGCAUUUAGUCUUAUCCACCAAAGUCACCACUGUAGCCAAAAUCAUCCCCCAAAUAGUGUAAAUGAGGGUACUUUGUUGUAAAUUGUGGCACAUUCUUUAUAGUAGAUGCAUCUAGUGACAUGGAAAACUGAAUAAAAUUAUGUUGUAGAAUAAGUA